CUGAAUUCACAUCGACAUGGCGGAUAUCCGACGAGUCCACCGUUUUCGCGACCACCCCAUCGCAGGCGUAAACUGGCGACCGACUCGCUUUGUCGACGAGCUGCCCAGUUCCCGCGUCUGUGGACUCUGCCGCAUGAUACCGACGAGGACCGUGCUGUUGCCAUGCUCGCACAUUCUUUGCCAAUCGUGUCACGCAGCCAGUCCCCAAGGCGGCAGCAGGCUGUGUCCCUUGGAUCAAGAGCCGUUCGAAGAAGCUGAAUGUACCAGUUACGCUUUGCCUGUCAGCCCAGCGAACGCCUUGAAGGUUUAUUGUUGGAACGAAGCUCACGGAUGCGAGUACGAGGGCGCCAUGGAAGAAAUGCUGCAACACUUCGAGAAGGAAUGCACGUUCCACGUCGUGGAAUGUUUUCAGUGCGGCGAAGCAGUCCUACACAGAGAACUGGCAACGCACUACGUGACUUGGUGCAGUGUCGGUGUUUCUUCAGCACUCAGAGACAACACGUCGUCGGAAUAUGGAGCGGUUACAAUUGAAGACCUAAGGGAUGCCAUCAAAGUAGUGAGGCUGUUGAGUUACUUCAACCAGGUGCUGCCUGCUGUACAGAGUCAGAUGAACGAGCUGACGGAAGAAGUCACGAACCAGGAAUCCAGGGACUGCUGA